GGAGCGGCUACGGUGUUGGGCCUUGCGGCUGGAGUUAUGGGGCCGGCGCCCGAAGGAGCACCGGGACGCGGGGCUCCUAAGGAGCCCGAGAUGAUAGAACCCAUUAUGGAAGACACGGAGUCAGAGGAGAACAAAGACAGCCCUCCCUCCAAGAAGCGUCGGGCCGGGACUCAGGAUGGGGGACUCCCUCCGCCUGUGGAGCUGAGCGAAGCCCAGCUGUACCAGGAGCCCACCAAUGAGGAGCUGAGCCAGAUGAAAGAGACAGAAAACCUCUUCCACUCCAACCUCCUCCGGAUGCAGAUGGAGGAGCUAUUAAAGGAGGUGAGGCUGAAGGAAAAGAAGCAACAGCGGAUCGAUACCUUCCUGCAUGAGAUUAAGCAAUGGCUUCUUACUGUCCCUUCAACCACGGUGACUGAGAUGACAGACCAGUCAUGGCUGCCCAAAGGUGUAAGAGUACCCUUCAUCCAGAAGCCUUAUGCUGUGAAAGGUCGCUUCCAAUUCUUGCCUCCCACUCAGGUCACUGUGGUGGGCAGCUACCUGCUAGGAACUUGUGUCCGACCAGAGGUCAAUGUAGAUGUAGUGUUGACUAUGCCAAAGGAGAUCCUACAGGACAAGGACGGGCUAAAUCAGCGCUACCUAAGAAAGCGCGCCUUCUACAUAGCUCAUCUGGGCCACCACUUGUCCCGGGACCCACUCUUUGGCAGUGUCCGUUUCUCCUACAUAAAUGGUUGUCACCUGAAGCCUCUGCUGCUGCUCCGUCCUGCAGGAAAGGAUGAGCGGCUGGUCACUGUGCGCCUGUACCCCUGCCCACCACCCGGCUUCUUCCGUCUAUGCCGCCUGAUGCCCUCCAAGAACAAUGUCCGUACUGCCUGGUUCUGGGACAAGACUACCCCAGAGGAGGGUAUCCUGGAUUCUCCCACCCCUCACUACAACACCUUGCUCCUCUGUGAUGAAGUUAUGGAAUCUCACCUUCACCUUUUGUCAGCCAUGCUUGCCUCCUCCCCUGGCCUUCGGGAUGGCAUUAUUUUGCUUAAAGUCUGGCUGCGGCAGCGAGAUCUGGACAAGGGCACCGGAGGCUUCAGUGGUUUCAUUGUUUCCAUGCUGGUGGCCUUCUUAGUGUCUGCUCGAAAAAUCAGCAAGUCUAUGAGUGGCUAUCAAGUGCUGAGGAAUGUUCUGCAGUUUCUAGCUGCCACGGAUCUGACGGUCAAUGGCAUCAGCUUGUGUCGUAGUUCGGAUCCAUCUCUGCCAGCUGUGGCUGACUUCCAUCAGGCCUUCUCCGUGGUCUUUGUGGACCCUUCAGGACACCUUAAUCUCUGUGCUGAUGUCACAGUUCCCACAUACCAGCAGGUGCAGCAUGAAGCCCAGCUGUCUAUGGCUGUGCUGGAUGAUAAGACUGUAGAUGGGUUCCAGAUGCUGCUCAUGACACCUAAACCAAUGAUCCGAAGCUUCGACCACGUUCUUCAUAUACAUCCCCUGAGCUGUCUGUAUGCUGCCUGCCAAAGGCUGAAGCUAUGGUCAGAACUGCAGGACCACGGAGGAGACUAUGUGGCUGCCAUACUUCCUACCCUGACUGCCCUUCUGGAACGGGGCCUGGGCUCCCGUCUGAUCUUGUUGACCCAUUCGAGGGCCCCUGUGCCCCAGUGGGAGAUCAACCAGAACCCCCCAAAGCACAAGGACCAGGGUGCCUUGUCAUUGGGAUUGCUGCUGCGGCCCGAGGGACUAGUCAGCGUUCUAGAGAUGGGACCUGAAGCUGACCACCCAGAGGCUGCUGACUUCCGCCAGUUCUGGGGCUCACGAUCAGAGCUAAGGCGUUUCCAGGAUGGGUCAAUCCGUGAGGCUGUUCUUUGGAAGGCUGAGUCCAUGGCCGAGAAACGCCUCCUGCCCCAUCAGGUGAUCACUCACCUCCUAAAACUCCACGCAGGUAUAGCUGAGUCCUACAUCCAUUAUGUGGGGGGCUCCCUGGACCCUCUGAUCAGAGCCCCAAAAGAGGUUCAUAGCACAGGCGAGGAGGCACUGGCAAUGGUGGUACGUGCCUAUGACCAGCUGAGCCGCCAGCUGUGGGGUCUCAAAGGGCUGCCCCUGACUGUCACCUCUGUGCAGGGAGCUCAUGCUGCCCUACGAUAUACUGACGUAUUCUCUCCUGUGCCUGUCUGGCUUGAUUUCACAUUCCACGACCACCUGGAAAAGCGGGACGCAUUGCUGCCUCGGCCUAGCAAGCCCUGCCCAGCUUUCGUGGAUCCCAUAAAUGUGGUAUGUCACCUGGAAGGCAGUGGACAGUGGCCCCAGGAUGCAGAUGCCAUACAGCGAGUUAGAGCUGCCUUCCAGUUGCGCCUGGCAGAGGUAUUGAGUCAGGAGUAUGGCCUCCGGUGUUCAGCUAAGGCCUCUCACACUGAUGUCUACAAGGUACUGAGGUGGCCAGAGCAGGACGGUUAUGUUUUUCGAGUUCGGGUGGCGUACCACCGGGAGCCCCAAAUCCUGAAGGAGUCCUGUACCCCAGAAGGAAUGGUCACACUGAGGGAUACACCUAACUCAGCCCUCCUAGAUCGGGAAACCCGGCUGCUGCCCCAGCUCACUAGUGCCUUACAUGGGCUCCAGCAGCAGCACUCAGCUUUCUCUGGUGUGGCCCGUCUGGCAAAGCGCUGGGUCCGGGCCCAGCUCCUCAGUGAUGGACUGACAGAAGAGAGCUUAGACCUACUGGCUGCCUCCCUCUUCCUUCAUCCUGCCCCCUUCACCCCACCCAGUUCCCCCCAGGUUGGCUUUCUCCGGUUCCUAUCUCUGCUGUCCACGUUUGACUGGAAAAAUAGUCCCCUUAUUGUCAACCUCAAUGGUGAACUCACAGCUGAAGAUCAAGCAGAGAUUCAUAGCCACUUCCUAGAAUCUCGAAUCCGCCUUCCUGUCAUGGUCAUCGCCACACCCCAAGACCGAAGCCACUCCUUGUGGACGAAGGACAAACCCUCAGCUCAGAUCCUGCAUCACCUUGUGAACCUAGCAGCUAAAGCCUUGCCAAUCCUAGAGAAGCACUUGAUGGACCCUUCUGAGUCUGGAGAUAUCAGGAUGGUAUUUCGGCCAACCCUGGAUGUCUAUGAUGUGCUAAUCCACCUGAAUCCCCGGCAUAUCCCCCGGCACCGAGAGGCUGUGGACUUACCAGCAGCCUCCUUCAGCAGAGGCCUCCUUGAGAGCACAGGCCCCUCCCGCCGGCUGCCCGUCCUCUGCUAUGACCCUCCAAGCCUCUACCUCAGUCAGCUCAGAAAGGCCUUUGGAGACUUGGCACUGUUUUUUUAUGAUCAACAUGGUGGAGAAGUAAUUGGUGUCUUAUGGAGGCCUGAUAGCUUCCAGCCACAACCCUUCAAGGCUACCAGUGUGCAAGGGAGGAUGGUGGUGUCACAGAGCGGGGAUCUCAUGACAGUGCCCAAUGUGGAGGCCAUUUUGGAGGAUUUUGCCAUCCUAGGCAAAGGGCUGGUACAAACUGUGGAGGCCCGGAGUGAGAAGUGGACAGUGUGAUCUCAAACUCCAGCUGGACGAUAGCCCCAGACGGAAAGAUGGAGGAAGAUGUCUCUGAAACCAUGACCACCACUCCUUCAUCCCCGAUAAAAGCUCUGGUUGUUCCCUGACAGCCUUAGUGCCUGGUUGUGGGUUUGGCCUCAUGAAAUCCAGGGACAGCCCUCAGAUCCUGGCACUGAUCGAGGCUCUGGUGGGCAGUCUGGGGAAAGGAGUGAGAGCAGCAGUUCUUAACCUAGGGACCGUGAAAUGAAG